AUGCUGAUGUACAGAACAAACCAUACGUGGUUCAGGUGCUUGUACAGGUGGUUGUGUAGCUGUGAAAUCAUAGUUAUUAGUAACGCUUAAUAACAAUAGUAAAUAUAUUCAGGAUAUUAGGAUGGAUGACAUAGUGUGGGCUCGUGACCAUACAGAUGGUUACAUUUUGGGAAGAAUAACAGAACUACUAGAAGAUGGAGUUGAAGUUACACCCCAAAGUUCCAAAUUCCCCAAAAGAUUUCUCCCGUUCAGUGAAAUAUUUAGAGCCAAUCUAGAUGACAAUAAAGAUUAUGAUGACAAUUGUGAAAUGAUGUUUCUUAAUGAGGGAUCACUAUUAAAUAACAUACGCAUACGUUACUACAAAGAUAAAAUUUAUUCGUAUGUUGCCAAUAUUUUAAUAGCUGUUAACCCUUACAAAGACAUUCCCAUAUUAUAUGCCCCAGAAACCAUAAAAAACUACAAAGGGAAAUCUUUGGGACAACUACCACCACACGUAUUUGCAAUUGCUGAUAAAGCCUAUAGAGAUAUGUUAGUUUUGAAGCAAUCACAAUCUAUAAUAGUUAGUGGAGAAUCUGGUGCUGGGAAAACUGAAUCCACGAAACAUUUAUUGAAAUUUUUAUGCGAUAAUUGGGGAGCUGAGGUUGGUACUCUAGAAAAGAAAAUCUUAGAUGCCAAUCCAGUAUUAGAAGCAUUCGGAAAUGCUAAAACUACAAGAAACAAUAACAGUUCAAGGUUUGGUAAAUUUAUAGAAGUUCAUUUCGAUAACAAAUUUAAAGUAGCCGGUGGUCACAUAUCCCAUUACCUUCUAGAAAAAUCUAGGAUAUGUUCAGCUGAAGGGGAUGAAAGGAAUUAUCACAUUUUUUAUUUGUUAUUGGCUGGAGCUCCAGAUAACUUGAGAAGCAAAUUGAAUCUUACACAACCCGAUGACUUUAAUUAUUUAAAACAUGGCUGUACGAAAUACUUCACUUCAACAGCUACAGAAAAAAAAUUGGAUGCAAGCCGAAAAAGUUCUGAUCAUAAAAAAGGGGCGCUUAAUGAUAUUCUUUUGGAUGAUGUAAAUGGUUUCCUGGAACUGGACCAAGCUUUGUCAAGAUUAGAAAUCAAUGAAUCUGACAGAAAUUAUAUAUAUGCAACAGUGGCGGCUGUGCUACAUUUGGGUAACAUUGAAUUUGAGGAUAAUCCCGAAGAUACGAGGGGAGGAUGCAGAGUAAUUGCUUCAAAAGAAAAACACUUACUAAUAGCAUCUAAAUUAUUAGAAAUCGAUCCCAAUGAACUUAAGCAGGCAUUAAUUUCACGAGUUAUGCAGAGUGCACGAGGUGGAAUGAAGGGAACUGUUAUUAUGGUACCUUUAAAAACUUAUGAAGCGGUUAAUGCAAGAGAUGCAUUAGCAAAAGCUAUCUACAGCAAUUUGUUCGACUAUAUUGUGAACAGGAUAAAUAAAAGUAUACCAUUUCAGGCAUCUACUUAUUAUAUAGGUGUCUUGGAUAUUGCUGGAUUUGAAUUCUUUACUGUAAAUAGUUUUGAACAAUUCUGUAUCAACUACUGCAAUGAAAAACUACAACAAUUCUUCAACGACAUGAUUUUAAAGGCUGAACAGGAAUUGUACAAAAGGGAAGGUCUCAAUGUACCAGAAAUACAGUUUGUUGAUAAUCAAGAUUGCAUAGAUGUAAUAGAAACUAAAAACAAUGGAAUAUUAACUCUUCUCGAUGAGGAAUCCAAACUUCCGAAACCCAGUUACACUCAUUUCACUGAAGAAAUUCACAAAAUAUGGUCGAAAGAAUAUAGAUUGGGACUUCCUAGAUCUUCUAAACUAAAGGCACAUCGCAAUCUUAGGGAUAACGAGGGUUUUUUGAUAAGACAUUUUGCUGGUGCAGUCUGUUAUCAAACAAAAUAUUUUAUUGACAAAAACAACGAUGCUCUCCAUGCAUCCCUUGAAGGCAUUAUUCAAGAAAGUGGGAAUAAAUUUAUACAAGCAUUGUUUUCAACUUCAAGUACUAUGAAAGGCAAACUCACAUUUAGUAGUGUAGGAAAUAAAUUCAAGAUUCAACUAGGAGAAUUAAUGGAGAAAUUAAGGAGCAACGGUACUAAUUUUAUUCGUUGUGUAAAGCCAAAUUCUAAAAUGGUGGAUCAACAGUUUGAUGGAAAUUUGAGUUUAAUGCAAUUGAAAUGUUCCGGAAUGACAACUGUUUUAGAACUUAUGGAAUAUGGGUAUCCAAGUAGAACAUCCUUCAAUGAACUUUAUCAAAUGUACAAACAAUAUAUACCCAAAGAACUAACAACUCUGUCGCCUAAACAAUUUUGUGAAGCAAUGUUUCAUGCUUUGAAGCUCCACGACAAGGAUUUCAAAUUUGGCGUAACAAAAGUUUUCUUCAGACCAGGAAAAUUCGCCGAGUUCGAUAACAUCAUGAAAUCUGAUACGGAAAAUAUGAAAAAUAUAAUAGGACAAGUCAAGAAAUGGUUAGUUAAAUCAAGAUGGAUUAAAGCACAAUUCUGCGUACUAACUGUGAUCAAAAUGAAAAACAAAAUUGCUUGGAGAAAAGAGGCCCUUAUUAUUGUGCAGAAAACAAUUAAAGGUUAUUUGGCAAGAAAACAACACCGCCAUAGAAUAUUAUCAUUGAGAAACAUCCGCGGUUUGAACACCAAUUUAAAACAAAUUGAACAGAGCGCUCAACAAUUGAAAAAAGAUAAAGAUUUAGUUACAAAUGGCAUUAAUACUUUGAAAACACAGUUUGAGGCAGCUAUAGAUGCAAUCAAGAAAAACGAGAAAAUGGACAAGGCAGCAAUUGAAGAUUUGUAUAAAUCCCUAGUUGACAAAGUAAAUCAACAAAUGGCAUCAUUACAAAAGAAAAUCCAAGAACAGAAGAUCGCCGAAGAGCAAGAACGUUUGAGGAAGAUACAAGAGGAACUAGAGAAACAGAGAAAGUUGAAGGAAGAAGAAGAGCGAAGAUUGAGAGAGGAAGAGGAAAACAGAAGACUUAAAGCUGAGAUGGAAGCUAGAAGGAAGAUAGAGGAAGAAGAAAGAAGGAAGCAGGAAGAAGCUGAUAGAUUAUUGGCAUUGAAACUUAAAGAUCAGCAUGAAAAAGAAGAUGAAGAACAAAGACGAUUGCAAGAACAAGAAGAACAGGAAAAGCAAGAUAGGGAACUUGCUCUACGCCUCGCGCAAGAAAGCAAUGGUUCUAUCGAAGAAAGUCCACCGAUGACACGCAACGGCACGGUAGAACCAGACAAAAUCAUCAAGUUGAACAGAUCAGAAGCUCACAGAAACCACCAAGCAUCUAUGGCCAACAGCAAGUACGAUCUAUCUAAAUGGAAAUACUCAGAUUUACGUGAUACUAUCAACACGUCCUGUGAUAUCGAACUGCUAGAAGCUUGCCGACAUGAAUUCCACCGUAGACUUAAGGUAUACCACGCAUGGAAGGCGAAGAACCGUAAACGUAACAUUAUGGACGAAAAUGGUCGCGCUCCACGUUCUCUCAUAGAAUCUGCUGCAAAAACUCCUCAAAGAGGUAUACAAAAACCUGUUUUAGACAAUAACACUCAAAGGUUUUUCCGUAUGGCAUUUCAGCGACCUGAUAACGAACCUGGUAGCCGUGGAUGGUGGUACGCUCAUUUUGAUGGCCAGUAUAUUGCCCGACAGAUGGAAUUGCACCCAAAUAAAGCUCCUGUAUUGUUAGUUGCAGGAAAAGAUGACAUGCAAAUGUGUGAAUUGUCUUUAGAAGAAACUGGAUUAACACGUAGACGUGGUGCAGAGAUCCUGGAAAAUGAAUUUAAUAAAGAAUGGGAAAAAAAUGGUGGUUCCCAUUACACCCGUCCAGCUGACAGAAAAUAAGAAGAUAAUCUGUAUGUUAACAUUUUGACGGUAUGACUUGAUUUUUGUAAUCAGCAAGUAUCCGUUUGUUAAUAUUUGUACAUCUAGCAACUACAAAGAAAUUAAUUUAUACAAAAAAAUAUUUUUUAUUUAAAACAGUUUUCGAUAACAGUUAAAUGAUACUAAAGCACUUCCAUUUAAUGUUGAAAAAGUUUAAAAAGUAUUAUUUUUCGCUUAACACAGUAUUAAAAAAGGAAGCUACAUGUAUAUCUAUAAAAUUUAUCAAAUUU